GCCACCAUGAAAAGAGAGGAAUCUUCCAUGGAAUAAUCUCGAAUUAUAGCGCUAGAGGCAUGAGAGCCACACAAUAGAAGGUGUGGCGGGAGAGAGGGCAAUGGCCGAUUCCAUGGCGAAGCUCUCGUCCAAUCUCGCGAUGUUUCGCCCCGGCGUCGCGCUUCCUCCAUCGCAAUGCUGCCGGAAUCGAAGAUUGGUGGUGCGAGCGGCCGCUGGGACGAUCGCCGGAGGAGGAGCCGGGGGAUAUCGUACCAUCAGGAGAAGAGUCGCCAAGGUGCUGUCGAUCGGUGACAAAUCCGCCAAGUUCCGGGAUAAGGCAUCCGGGGACUCGCCCAACAUCAAGCUCCUCUCGCGGAUCGAGCAGCUCCGGCUGCUCACCAAGGCCGAGAAGGCCGGCCUCCUCUCCACGGCCGAGAACCUGGGAUUCACGCUCUCCUCCAUUGAGAAGCUGGGGCUCCUCUCCAAGGCCGAGGAUCUGGGCGUCCUGUCCGCCGCCACGGAUCCAUCCACGCCCGGCGCGCUCCUCACCACCGCGCUCGCAUUGCUCCUCCUCGGCCCGGCCUUCGUCUACUUCGUCCCGGAGAACUCGGUGCCGCUCGUCGUGCUCCAGGCCGUGGUGGCGGCGGUGUCCGUGCUGGGAGGAUCGGCCGCGUUCGCGGCAUCGAAUUUCGUGGCCACGAUCCAAGCCGCGAAGUGAAAUAGAUUCCCAAGGGAAUCCCAAAAACGAAAAUUAGGGUUCUUCGGAUAAACCCUAGAUAGGAUUGUAAUGGAGGUCCAA